UUCCAUUCUAAAUAUUGAUAAUUCAGUUGCAGCCUUACUUUGUUAGUAUAUUGUUUAAUUAUUUGUGUGUAACCUUUAGUCAGUAUAACCUUAUGUAUCCUUUGAAUAUACAAAUUAAAGAUUAUUUGUGAACUAAAAAAAAAAAAAAGUUGGAGAUCUAGUUGAUAUCAUUUUAUGCAACCCAAUACUUACUUGAAAUCAGAUCCAAGAGUUUAGCCCAAAAUGUGACCCAUUACAGUUGUAGACAAACCUAGUGUUUUUAUUUGGCCAAGCAAUCAGCUUCCAAAACUUUUUUUUUCUUGAUAAAAGAUAUUCUAUUUAAAAAGCUUCCAGAACUUCCCGCCUAGAAAUAUGAGAAAACGUGAUAGAGACGAACAUUUCCUUCACAUGUACCUCGUUGUUGAUAGCUUUAAUGCAUGUUGAGCAGUCGGACAAACAUUGAUAUUGGGUAUCUCAAGAGAUGUGCCAUGAAGAUUCUCGAUAUGAUUGAUGAAGUCUUGCGUCUCCGGUCCUUGCAUGUAAUCAUCAUCCAAUUAUAAGAAAGUAUCUUUCAUGAAAUUUUUUAAAUCAAAAUUUGUAAAAGUACAUUUAAAAUUUAAAAAGAAUUUAUCCGAAUUUAAGGAUCGAAAUUUAUCUGAACGUAAUCAAUUACAAUAAUUUUUUUCGAUUCAAUUCCAUUAAAAAUUAAAAUUUGAAACAUUUAAUAUCCAAAUUAUAAGUUAAUUUGAAAUUAUAUGUUGGUUAUUUUAAAAUUUUAUAAAUCCAAAUUAUCCGACUAACCAAACUAUUUCAACCAAUAAACCUGAUUUACCCAAACCUAUAUGCCAAUCAAAAGGAAUUUUUACACGUAUAUAUCUGAUUACCAUUUCAAAAAGUUAUUCGUAUUCUAGAUCCUUAUCUGCAUACUAGAAUUUUCAGACAUUUUAUAGGUCUUAGGCCGUAAAGGCGCAAAUACAAUAAUUUUUUAUAAAUUAAUAAUGUUGGGACUAUAAUAUUUUAUUAAUUUAUGAAGCUAUUAAUUUAUAGAAAAAAAAUUCUUUUUUUAGUUUUUUUCUCUAUUUUUGAAUAUUUUAUUUAUAAAAUAAGAAAAUAGUUGAUUUUACCGUAUAUAUAUUAAUUAUAUUUUAGAAAUUAGUCCUUGGUAUUGUUUUAUUAUAUUUUUGGUGUAUAUUUUGUGUUUCAUAGAAUUCAAAUGUGGUUUAGAUAUAAAUUUACUAAAUAUUAUAAAAAUAUAUUAAUUUUUAAAAAUAGAGAUAAUUUUAUUGUGACUAUAAAACAAAAAAUAUAAUGCUUAACUACUAUUUAUAUAAACUGCAUAUAUCUAUAGAUUAUUAAUUUAUAAUUUUAAUGAGACCAUAUAUUUUUAUAGCACUUUCUAAAAAUUAUUAUCUUAUUAUUUUAUCGAUUUGUGUCAAAUUUAUUAAUUUAUAGUGUUUAUUAAUUUAUCAAGUAUUAAUUUAUAGAGUUUCUACUGUAGUUGUUUCUUUUUUUUAAAGAAAAUUAAUAAAAAUUAUCGUUAUAUUUUUUUUUGUUAAAAUUUUAAAAUCUGAUUUUCAAUAUUGAUUUACUCUAUAAAACGAUUUUUACUGUUGACAGUACUGUAGCGUUUUUGUCGAAUAAAAACUUGUUUAAUGAUACAAAACUAAAAAGUAGGCCUAGGCCAUAAACAAUGACCCAUUCUAGCCCAAUGUAAUACUCACGAGCCACCAAUAUCAAAUGAAACUAUUUUUUCUUUAACAAUGGUUUCCAUUUUUUCCGACGAAACUAGAACUUUAUUAACUUGAUAAAAUAAUAAUAAUCUGAAUACAAAGGAUUUCCAUAUUAAAUAAAAAGGAGAAAUAAAAGUUUCAUGCAUGCUAGGCUAUAAUUAUAAGGCCUUGCCCAUUACAGAAAAACUCAUAAAGAUAAUAAAUAACUUAGUUGAACCCACGGCCCAUAUAAGGCCCAGUAGCGAUGAAGAGAUCGAACUCUGAGAAAAGGAUCUCGAAAUGAAACUGGGAGAGAAAGAAGGCGAGAAGAGAUGGCGAAAGAGAAGAGGUGUGUGGAGUGUGGCCACAAGGUUAAAUCAUUGUUAAUCCAAUACUCUCCUGGCAACUUCCGCCUCAUGAAAUGCGAGAAUUGCAACGAAGUAGCAGACGAAUACAUCGAGUGUGAGCUAAUGGUACGUCUUUCAAAUAUUCAAUUGAUGAUCUUCUGCUUCGUGGGUUUCCAUCAAAAUUUGAUUUUUUGUUUGUUUUAUCAGAUUAUAUGCAUCGACUUGAUACUUCACAAAACAAAGGCUUAUAGGCACUUACUCUACAAUGUGUUUACUCAAGAAACUAUAUACGUUCAGCAUCUGUUGUGGAAGUUGGUCUUGGCUUAUCUUCUUCUAGAUACUUAUAGAAGCUUGCUGUUGAGAAGAACCAAUGAUGAAUCUAGCGUGCCCAUGAGCUUUGUUCUUGCAUCUCUAGAGGUUCUGGUUAAUGUGUUAUCUGCAAAUUUUGCAUUUGUUUUAUCAUUUGCACUUGCUUCCAAGAUUAUAUCAAUCAGUGCUUCCAGAAGAAAAGAGAUUCUUUUGGGGAUCUUUAUCUCCAGUUACAUCAAGAUCUUUCUAUUUGCUAUGCCGGUUUGGGAGUUUCCGGUUUCUGUGAUCUUCAUUGUAGAUAUGCUUGUCUUAACAUCAAACGCAGUUGCUCUGAAAGUGAUGACUGAAUCAACAACUAGCAGAUGCUUAGCCGCGUGUUUCAUUGCACACUCGACUAAAUUCUUGGCAGAUCAAAUCUCUGGGUCAAGGUCCUUGAAACACUUGGGAUCUGUGAUGUAUCUGCCUUUUCUUUUCAGAAACUUGUGAUCUUAUAAAUCGUCCCAAGGGAUUCGAGACAAUUUUUUGUUUAAUCUUUGAUCAUAUUGUUCAUUAAGAUAAAUGUUAGGAUCCUGACACACUUUUAUUUAAUCCACUCUUUUUUUGGAUGCUUCA